GCCGGGGUUCUGUUUGGAAGCCCAAUGACUGCAGCAUAAUUAAAGAUGGCGGACUCGGAGGACUUUAGACUCAAGCGAUUAAUGGAGGGCGUUUGGUGAAUUCGCUGAUGGCUGACGUGAGGAUUUAAAGUAAUGUGAAUUCAAAGAUUUGCUUCUAAAUUAUACAUUUGAAGAUAAUUGCUGAAAACGUGAAAAAGCUGAGAACUAACGUGAAAAGACUGAGAACUAAGUAGUACUGAAUUGUGGAGAGAUAGCGUUAAACUGUUUUCCACCAUUUUUUCCCCCUGUUUUUUGGGGGGAACGUGGUUAAAACACAGUGACGCACCUGGACGUCCAGCAUGAGUUGGCUCUGCCAAGCUAUAUAAUUUCUAUCAUUAAAACGUGCAGUUAGCUAGCUAGCCAUGCCUGCAACCCGAAAAUGCGUCUUCCCUGGAUGCCACAGUUCUCAGAACAGCUCAGUGUCGUUUUUUAGAUUCCCCAAAAAUGAGGAGAUGAAGAAGAGGUGGAUUGACUUCAUCAAGAGCCACGUUGAUGGAGAGCUGAAAAUCCACAACAACAUCCGCCUCUGCAGUGACCAUUUUUCAAAGGAUAGUUUCGUGAACUUUUACCGGAGACAACAGGGCUUCAUGGCUAAGCUGUUACUAGUGAAUGGGGCAGAACCAACUGUGUCCCUCCCUGGGCUUCAUCCUCCUGUCCCGCUGUCAUCAGGUGCCAUGGUCGGCAGUCACAUUAUGCCCCCACCAAAGAGUCAUGAGCAGCGGCAAUCCAGAGUCUUUGAUCAGGUGAUGGGGUUGGGAGACUUUGCUGACUCCUCCCAAGGUUCCAACACCUCCUCUAAGAGUGGAGGUCUGGAGGAGACUAAGGCAGUCGAUGAAAUUUCAGGACAAGAUGAACAACAACAGCCAGAAGAGGACAGCAGCAACAGUAGCAGCAGGCAAGAGGAAAAGAUGGGUGAGAGGGCAGAAGAGCCGUCAACUCGUAUUGCUUCCCUCGUCACUGACCAAUGCUCCUCAUUUACCAUGGGACCCAGUGAAGGAGGAGGAGGAAGUGGAGAGGCAGCAUUUGAUGAUGCAUUGGAUGGCCUUCCUUCAUUUGGUCCUGAAGAAGAGGACGAUGAGGACUGGCACUUUGCUCUGCCUCCAGAAACACUGCAGGAUGUUGACUGUGACAAAGUAAAGUGCAAAAACAAUCAAUCGAGAAAGGAACUUAUCAAAAUUCAAGAAGGUCCUUCUCCUCUGGAGCCCAGAGAGGAGGUAGAGGAGGAACGAGAGAGGGAAGCGACAAGUGGCUCUGCCAACACUUCUCACUCAUCCAAGGAUAACACGCCUGAGAGCACCCAAGAUGCAGGAAUCGUGAAUCAGACAGAGGAAACAGAAGAUGGUCAGCAAGGAGAGCGGUCCGAUCCUCCUCCUGUGGAGGUCAGCAACCCUCCGAUAUCUCCCAAUAUCACCGUUAAAGAUGAGCCAAUUGAUGAGGGCUACGAUGCUGCUUUAUUGCCUCAGGGCAACAUCAGACAAAUCAAAGAAGAACUGGAUCAUCAGGAGGAAGAGCUUAGGAUCAGCUCUGUUUACUCUGUUGGUGGCGGUAACACACUUGUGUCCCCUGUGGCCCAUCAAGUGGCAACUGUUUCCCAACAAACAGCCAUUUUUAUUCCGGGAAGAGGUGCUGUCCUCCAAGCAAUGGCUCCCCUUUCUGUCCGACCCCCAGCUCCAAUUCAGACUUCACUUCCAUCCUUGCCGCCAAUAGCCCUUCGACCCCCUGCGCCAACCAUUCCUGGUAGUGUUCGCUGCAGUGGCUGCUUUAAGGUUCUGCUAAAAGGUCAAACAGCAUUCCAAAGAAAAGGUUCGACACAACUCUUCUGCUCCACGCUUUGUUUGACAGGACAUCUACCCCCAGCAAACAAGAACCAAUUAUGCUCUCUAUGCAACAGUGAGAUCCUUCGGGCUCGGGACACAAUAACAAUCCCAGCUGAUGACAACACCUACUUGCACUUUUGCGGCCAGCACUGUUUGUCAAUCUUUAGACACAGGACAAAAAAACCUGAAAAGGCCCCUGAAAAAGUAGUUGACAAACGGCCAGAGAAGAAGAUUGAAAAGCCGCAGGAGAAGCCUGCUGAGCGACCAGCAGAAAAUGUUAUUUGUAGUGUGUGCAGAAUCACCAACCGGAUCGAGCAUGAGGUGAGCCACCAAGGUCGUCUGCACAGACUCUGCAGUGACGCUUGUUUUGUAACAUGGCGCAGGAUGCGGCAGUUAGCCAUGAACUGUUGUGAAAGCUGUGGACUUUACUGUAAUAGUAGUUCGGACUCCUAUCAUACACUUACAAUUGAAAAAUCUGAGCUAAACUUCUGUGGUCCCACCUGCAUUGGCACUUACAAACAGUCCUGCCGAAAGACAAUUGAGUGUGCCAGAUGUCAAAAGUCUGCAAUCGUGUCGUCCACCAUCAUGGAGCGAGACGAGAAGGGGAAAGUUCAGCUUUACUGUUCACCUGUUUGUGUUCAAAUGAGCCGACCACCGCUACACACACUAACCGGGGCUGCAUUCCCAUGCUGCCUGUGCAAGACUGUAGCUGUUCCUCAGUAUCACCUGGCAAUGGUGGAUGGCACCAUAAGGAACUUUUGUUCCUAUGAAUGUGUUUCUACUUUCAGGAAAACAGGACAUACUGGGUCCGAUCUGAUCAAUGGAAAAUCUUCUCCAAGGGAUGCCUCACGACUUGGGCCCUCCUCUGGAGCCAGCUCAGUCCCUCCCAUUCCUCAGGAUUACCCAUCUUCAGCUCCCUAUCCCAGCCACCAUGGCAGUAACAGCUCAGUGCCCCCUUUGGUUCCUCCCUCGCUAGGCUUGACCUCAAGUUCUGCACCAGGGCAAGGCCAUCCCAGAACACCCCUCGCUCAGCCUCUAAAACCAGGAGAGGGUGGACCCAGCGACAGCCCCAAAGUGACCUGCCAUCAGUGUACCAAGCAGUUCAUCACCAAGCCGCUGCUUUUUGGCCACCGAGAUCGGAUUUCUGUGUUUUGCUCUAUGACAUGUUGUGACCUUUAUAAAACACAAAACAAUAUCCAUGUAAUGUGUGAAGUUUGUAGGAGGGACAAGGUGCCAUUUGACACAAUCCACUACAAUGGAAAAGAUAUUUUCUUCUGCAGUAAAUACUGUAAACAAAACUUCAAAAUGUGCAUAACAUCUCGUAACAAGGAUCCACCCUGCCGUCCCUGCAGCUAUUGCUAUAGCAUUAGCCAAAAAAUGUUGCAUAGUCACUAUGGAGGCAAGCUGGAAGAGUUCUGCAAGCCCCUUUGCAUGUCCCAGUACACUGUACUCUACUACGGGAUGGGUCGAUGUGACAGUUGUAGGAAGCAGGGCUACUUAAAUGAGAAGCUACAGUACAUGGGUUCAGUGCGGAACUUCUGCAACCUGACCUGCUUACUCGGGUACUGCUCUGUGAAUUUUGAAUCGAGCCAGCACACUACCAGUAAUGGUACUGGAGCAGAGCCACCUCAUGCUCCAGCCCAGCCUCACCACUCCUCAAAAGCUAACCCUGUCAUAGCUGAUGUUGUGUCACUAGCAAACGGUUCUGCAACUCAGCCCAGUGUGCCGUCGGAUAUUGCUAUGACUGGAGGACUUCCAAACUGUAGCGUAGAUGGCAAGAUUCUCGAUCAUGCCAGUACUCAAACGGAUGCCAUGCGCGGACCCCCAUCCAACCGGCGUCAAAUGAAGAACAAGUCCGUACUUUGCCGGCCAUUCACGAUGGAUCAAGAGAGUUUAUGCCUGCUCCUCUCACCGUCCACCGAUUCAUCCGAUGAUAUCACAUCAAUUGACUGUGAAAAAGCUGUUAAAAAGAUGAAGACAGACCAGGAAACGGCUCCAUCCCCACCCUUGGCAAACUGCUCCUUAGAGGAAGACAAAGUGAAGGUGCUAAUGGUGCCAGUUCCUGUCCCGGUCUUUAUCCCAGUGCCUAUGAACAUGUACUCUCAGCACACUCCUGUUCCAAUUGCUAUGCCUAUAACUCUUCCAGUGCCCAUCGUUAUACCACCACAGAGUAAAGAAGUGACAGAUACAGCCAUCCAGUCGGAUCCUUGGAACGAAGAGACUAAAAAGCAGGGUAAUGUUGAGGUCUCAAUCGAACAGGAGGUCACACCCCUGGUUCCAUUGCCCGUUGAUGUACGACCACAGAGAAAAAAUCUGAAAGAUGCAGCCAUCCAGUCAGAGCCUUUGGAACUAGAGACUGGAGAGAAGAAUAAUGCUGAGGUGGUCUCCCAAAUCAAAGAUGUGAGAGAUAUUGCUGUCCAGUCAGAUCCCGUGGACACUGCACAGGUUCCGUUGCUCAUUACACCACCACAGAGUAAAUAUGUAAAAGAUGCAGCUGUCCAAUCAGAGACUUUGGAUUUGGAAAAACGAAAUGAUUUGGAUGACUUCAAAGAAUACCAUGUCACAGCCAAGGUUCCUGUACCCAUUUUUGUGCCACCACUGAGCAAACAUGCAACAGCUGCUGCUGUCCAAUCAGAUGCUUUGGAUCUGGAGCCAGCUUCCACUGUCCAAUCCGAUGCUUUGGAUCUGGAGACAGCUGCCAAUGUCCAAUCAGAUUCUUUGGAUGUGGAGACAGGUACCUAUAUUCAAGCAGAUCAUUUGGAUGUGGAGCCAGAUGCCAAUGUCCAAUCAGAUUGUUUGGAUGUGGCGACAGAUGCCAAUGUCCAAUCAGAUCGUUUGGAUGUGGCGACAGAUGCCAAUGUCCAAUCAGAUCCUUUGGAUGUGCAGCCAGAUACCAAUGUCCAAUCAGAUCAUUUGGAUGGAGAGACGGAUGCCAAUGUCCAAUCAGAUCGUUUGGCUGUGGAGACAGCUGCUACAGUUCAAUCAGAUCCUUUGGAUGUGGAGACAGCUGCCCCUGUCCUAUCAGAUCUUCGGGACGUGGAGACUGAAACGAAGAUGGAUUUGGAUGAUGCCAGCACAGGCCAGGAUAAAAGUAGAAUGUCAGAAGUGGUGACUCCAACAAUCCACAAAGUUGAGGAAAGUCCAAACACACCACAAACCAAAAUUCCUCCUCCAAUAACUUCAAAAAGGAAAACAAAGGCAGGUCGUUCGUCACGUAAAAGCCAGGCAAAGGCUAAACCGACAACAAGUGACCAACAAGGCAACGUCGUUGCUGAGCAACAGCCUCCCUCCUCUCCAAUGACUGAUUUGGAGCAUGACUUCCCAAUGGAAUUGUUUGAUCUGAAGCCAUCAACCCCUCAGCGAGGAGUGAAGAGACCUCGAGAAGGUUUCUCUGGUCGGAAGCGGGGUCGAAGGCGAACUGGCUCGUUAGACCACAGUGUUCUUGUGACUCCAGUCACCUUCGAAUUGAACUACAUGUAUGGUGUUAAAGCAUGGAAGAGUUGGGUGCAGCAACACAACACGCGUUCUAGAAGAUCCAAUCCAGUGGUUGUUAAAGAGGAUAUUCUGCAGUGUGAUUCUGCUGAGCUGAGCUACGCUCUGUCUUGCUUUAUCAAAGAAGUGCGUCGGCCGAACGGCGAUGCCUACAGCCCUGACAGCAUUUUCUACCUCUGCCUGGGGAUACAGCAGUAUCUGUUCAUGAAGGCCCGCAUCGAGAACAUUUUCACCGAUGAGCUGUACAGUCAGUUUGCAAUGGAGAUCUCCGGGAUGCUGCGACUCUGGAAACCUAAACAGCUGCCCAGUGGUAGCCCCGUGUCCUCUCGAGUUGAGGAGUCCUUCCUGUGGGAGUGUAAGCAGCUGGGCGCUUACUCCCCCAUCGUGUUGCUCAACACACUUCUCUUCUUUUACACCAAGAACUUCCACUUCACCACGUUGGCGCAGCACCAAAGCCUCUCUUUUUCCAACUUCAGUUUGCACACAAAACCCUGCACUCGAGCGGGCAAAGUCCUCUACCUCAGAUACCAGCGAAGCGGUGCUGCUACUUCCAGCCGUGGAGAGACGGAGCGAAUGAAAAAAAGGCAAGAAAAGGAAGAUGGUGACAUGGAGAUGGCAGAAAAUGUUACCAAUCCUCUGCACUGUCCAGUCAGACUCUAUGAGUUCUAUCUCUCGAGAUGCCCGCCAACAACAUUGAAGAGGAGUGACAUGUUUUACCUCCAGCCUGAACGCAAUGUCCACACACACAGUUCCUACUGGUAUACUUCUCAUACACUACAUCAUACAAUUCUGCAGAGCAUGCUGACUCGCAUCUUGGCGGUCAAAGAGGUUCAACGGUAACAGGAGGCAGCCUCCACUUGGUCCAAGUUUACAGUGACAAGCCUUUUUGUAACAGGAAUCAGUUCCCAGAGCCAGAGAGUAAUGGUCACGUGUUUGCACACCAGCUGUUGGCUCGAUGUGAAGAAGGCCGCCAUGCUGUCAAAAUCACAAUGGACAUUUGUCACGAAGAAGACAAUUGGACUUUUUUAAAAUAUAUAUAUAUGCUGACCUGAGUGGAUGCCCCCUUCUCCAACAAACACUCCUCGAGUCUGCAGGAAUCUGUUACUGUUUCAAAUGAAAAGGGAGUGUUCCGGACUAUUUUAUUUCUCCUUUUCUCGUCUGUGUCCCAUCUUUGACCACCAGAUGUGAUGGUGGUUCAGUUACUUCAAUUGUGCAUCCCUCAUAAAGCUGUGCAGUGGGACAUUCUAUGCAUUGCUACUGCUGUCACUGAAUGCAUCAGCGGGACACUUUGUAGGUCAGUGCUGUGGCUCUUGGAACUGACACUUCCACUGGAAGAGUCAAUGGAUGACAUCACUGAAGAGUAGUGCUUUUUCAUAUUGUCAACCAAACUUCCUUGGAGACAAAAAACAAAACUAGUCAACAUCACCUAUCUUACUCAUACCUUAACACCAUUUCUACGUGCGUUUCUGAUUUUAUCCUCUUAAUGGUUUUAAAACGCCGUAAUCAUGAUCCUUUGAAGAAGCACUUAGAAGGUCAAGCUUAUAAGUGCUUCUUCAAAGGAUCAUGAUCUAGCUUUAGAAUGCAAAUUUUAGCAGAAUGAUGCCAGCACAAAGAGUUGAAUUUUUUAAAUCUAUUUGUUACAGGAAAAUAUGCUGUACAAAAAGGAUUUGAUUGGUUUGUUGUUUUGUUUUGAUCACAUACAGUUUAUUGACAAUAAGAAAAUUCACGUACUGUAAUGUAACCAGCUGCAUGUGAAUGAGGUGGUGUAACACUAGAGGAAACUCAAGAGUGCCUCUCAUCUUUGGCUUAACUAAUGGGUCAUCUGACAUAUUGCCCUCUUCAUUUUCUUAGUUCCUUUUGUGGCCUUAUUUAGUGUCAAGUCACCUCAUCCGUUCUUUAUGUCCAUGGAUUCUGCCUGUUUUGCCUGCAGUCCUUCCUCAUGCUCCUUCUGUAUCCUGUAAAUAUACAUCCAUCCCUGUAUUCAUGUUUGUUUGCUUCUCGUGACGGUGCCAUUUUUUUUUUUUUCCCCAUGAGACUUAAAGCCCUUUUUGGGUUUUCUCAUUCAUGUGGCUUUGCUCUCAUUAAAAGAGAAGCAAAGGUUUUUUUUAAAGUGUGUGUAUUAUAAAUACUGAUCUGUAAGGUUUAAAAAUAUUUUCAAUGGUCAAAAAAAUAAAUGAGCAGCAACCUUUUUAGGGUCUGCCCAAAAGUACCAGAGAUGAUAAUU